AUGGCAUCCCUGGUAGCCGACGUAGCCAUGUCGCGGGCCUGGAUACGGACACCAUUGCGGCUGAUGAGCUUGCAGCAGCAGGCACGCAAAUCGAAUCAAAACAUUCAGGUCUAUGUGCGCGUUAGGCCGCUGAAUGCACGCGAGCGAUGCAUACGCUCCGCAGAGGUUGUGGAUGUGCUCAAUCCACGCGAGAUCCUCACACGCCACACCCUCGACUCGAAAUUGACGAAGAAGUUUACGUUUGAUCGGAGCUUCGGCCCCGAGUCCAAGCAAUGCGAUGUCUAUGCGGUGGUGGUGUCGCCCCUGAUCGAAGAGGUGCUAAGCGGCUACAAUUGCACGGUGUUCGCGUACGGACAGACGGGUACUGAACAGAAUAGAACAGACAUAAGGUGA